AUGACAAAGUUACCAUCGAUUUCAGAAACUGAUACCGUCUAUGCAGACGACAAUAAACCAUAUAUUUUUGAAAACCCAAAUGAUUACCCAAUAGAAACUUUGGUUAAUCAUAUUUUGCCCUUCCCACAAGAAGUUGCAGGUGAAUCUGUCAAAAUCCCCGGUACUGCUGAAAAAGGAUUUUCAGAAAUAUACCGUAACGCAGCCACUCCCAAUGGAAUCAAAUCUGGUUUAAUUCAAGGGUUAGAUACCUAUCAUGCUAUAUUUGAGAAUUCAGCUCAAGUUUACCCCGAUGAACCAUGUCUUGCUUUCCAUGAGUAUGAUUACGAGAAUUCUCAGCAUUUAGAACGAUACGCUUCAAUCAGCUACAAAGAAGUCUACGAAAGGAAAAACAAUUUGGCAGCAGGGUUAUUCUUUUUAUUAUCUGCUAACCCUUUUAAGAAUAAUUCAUUGGAGUCACAUCGCAAGAUUGAUAACCAUAGCAGAGAUUAUAAAACUUAUGAUAGUGAGAAUUUGUCUUUUAUUGUGACAUUCUACUCGGGUAAUAGAGUCGAAUGGAUCUUGUCAGAUUUGGCAUGCUCCUCAAACUCAAUCACAUCGACUGCCUUGUAUGACACUUUGGGACACGAUGCAUCCAAAUAUAUUUUAGAGUCUACUGAAUCUCCAGUUAUUAUUUCCUCAAAAGAACACAUUCGUGGGUUAAUUAAUUUGAAAAAAGAAGAUCCUCAGGCAUUAGCUUCAAUUAUUUUGAUUGUGUCUAUGGAACCGUUAACGCAAAAGGAUCAACACUUGGUUGACUAUGCUGAGUCAAACAACAUAAAAUUAUAUGACUUUUCUCAAGUUGAAAGAACUGGGGCAAUCUUCCCUCACAAAGAAUGCCCUCCAAAUAGCGAAACUGUUUUCACAAUUACCUUCACUUCUGGGACUACUGGAGCAAAUCCUAAGGGGGUUCUUUUACCACAAAGAUGCUGUGCUUCAGCAAUAAUUGGCUACAGUGCAUUAGUGCCACAUCAUAAGGGAACCAAAGAGUUUGCCUUUUUACCAUUGGCUCAUAUUUUCGAAAGACACAUACUGUCAGCAAUGUUUUUAUUUGGAGGUUCAGUAGCAUUUCCGAGAUUGGGCGGAACUCCAUUGACUCUUUUUGAAGAUUUGAAAUUAUGGAAACCGACAUUUAUGGCGAAUGUACCCCGAAUCUUUACCAAGAUUGAAGCUGGAAUUAAAGCAACCACAGUUGACUCUACUUCAUCAGUUACACGUUCUCUUUAUAACAGAGCCAUUGAGACUAAACGUAGCAGACAAGUAAAAGACGGUGAAAGUGGUGGUCAUUUCGUUUAUGACCAAUUAUUGAUUAAGAAAUUGAGAAAAGAGAUUGGUUUCGACAAUAUGGAAUUUUGCUUUACUGGAGGUGCUCCAAUUUCACCAGAUACUAUUAAGUUUUUAAAGGCAAGCUUAGGUAUUGGUUUUGCUCAAGGUUACGGUAGCAGUGAAUCUUUUGCUGGGAUGUUGAUGUCAUUGCCAUUCAAGCACUCGUCGGUAGGAACAUGUGGAGUUAUUUCUCCAACAAUGGAAGCCAGAAUCAGAGAGUUGCCAUCGAUGGGGUACAAUUUGAACGAUGUGGGUGGGCCUCGUGGUGAGUUACAGCUUCGUGGAGCACAAUUGUUUACCAAGUACUACAAAAACGAGGAGGAAACAACCAAGGCAAUUGAUAAAGAUGGUUGGUUUUCCACUGGUGAUGUUGCACAAAUCACCGACGAUGGGUUGUUUAAGAUUAUUGACAGAGUAAAGAACUUUUUCAAGUUGGCACAAGGUGAAUAUGUGACUCCAGAAAAGAUUGAAGGGGUUUAUUUGUCAUCGAAUUCCUUAUUAACCCAACUAUUUGUUCAUGGAGACUUUUUGCAGACCUAUCUUGUGGGAAUUGUUGGUAUAGACUCUGUUGGCAUCCGCAGUUACAUAAAAAGUACGUUCCAAAAAGAAAUCAGCACCGAUGAAGAGAUUAUUGCUUUUUUUGAAUCCCCCAAAAAUAGAAGAAUCUUGUUACAAGAUAUUAAUGGAAACGUUGCAGGUAAACUUCAAGGGUUUGAAAAGCUACAUAACAUAGAAGUUGCAUUUGAACCGCUAACACUUGAUAGAGGAGUUGUUACACCAACAAUGAAAAUAAGAAGACCAAUAUGUACCAAGUUCUUCAAGAAGGAUAUUGAAAAGUUGUACAACGAAGGAUCUUUAGUUAGAAAUAGCAACUUGUAG